AUGGGCGAGCAAGAGAAGGCCAGGACGUCCGGCGAGAUACAGCCUGGUCCGGCCAUGGCCAUGGAGAUGGAGGAUAGAAAGGACGACAGCCAGACGUUGCCUACCGUCAAUCCAGCGGCGGCAAAGAGUGAACCGCCAAAGCCAUCGCUCCAUCCGGCUUUCUAUGUGAUUGCUUGGAUCACUCUUAGUUCGAGUGUUAUCCUCUUUAACAAGGACCUGCUUGAUAAGAAGCAGAACAAGUUCCCUGUCAUUCUGACAACAUGGCAUCUGGCGUUUGCGGCCUUCAUGACCCAGGUCCUAGCACGCACCACCAACCUCCUCGAUGGACGCAAGAAGGUCAAGAUGACCGGCCGCGUCUACCUUCGCGCCAUCGUCCCAAUCGGAUUCUUCUUCAGUCUGAGCUUGAUCUGUGGAAACAAGACAUACCUCUACCUCAGCGUUGCUUUCAUCCAAAUGCUCAAGGCCACUACCCCCGUUGCAGUUCUCCUCGUCACCUGGGCGCUCAGCAUCUCCCCGCCUAACAUGAAAGUACUCAUGAACGUCUCCUUCAUAGUUAUCGGUGUUGUGAUUGCUUCGUUCGGUGAGAUUCACUUCGUCAUGGUCGGCUUCAUCUUCCAGAUCGCCGGUAUCGUGUUCGAAGCUACUCGUCUCGUCAUGGUGCAGCAGCUGCUCAGUGCUGCCGAGUACAAGAUGGACCCCUUGGUCUCGCUGUACUACUUUGCCCCUGUCUGUGCUGUCAUGAACGGCAUUGUGGCCCUGUUCAUGGAGGUGCCCGACUUGACAAUGGACCACAUCUACAAGGCUGGUGUGAUCACCCUCUUGGCCAACGCCAUGGUUGCGUUCCUCCUGAACGUCUCUGUUGUUUUCCUGAUUGGCAAAACCUCCUCUCUCGUCUUGACCCUCUGCGGUGUCCUCAAGGAUAUUCUCCUUGUCACUAUCUCUGCUUUCUGGUGGAACACUCCCGUCACUCCCCUCCAGCUCUUCGGCUACACCAUCGCGCUAGGUGGACUGAUCUACUACAAGCUUGGUGUCGAAAAGAUGAAAGAGUAUACCAACCAAGGCUUACGCCAAUGGGCGGAGUACUCCGCCACACACCCGGCCAGGAGCCGCCUCAUCCUUAUCGGAAUGGGCGUGGUCGUCAUCGUCAUUCUCAUGUUCCAUUUUGGAGGCACCGUUGACCCGAAACUGGUCAAAGGCAUGCUUCCGGGCAAGGUACAGGGCCAGUAA